AUGACAUCUGCGCGACGCAUCGAUGCCCUGUACUGCACAGCAGAAUCUGUUGAAGACGUGGUAAGGUGCGUGAUUGAGGAGACACACAGAGAGGCCGAUGACAUCAGAAAGGAGGUCGCAGCUGCCAUGGAGGAGCGCGUUCAAGCGCUGCAGGCACGGCAGCAAGAGCUGAUGGAGCAGAUCGACCUCCUGGUGCAGUCCAAAGUGGAGACUCUGGAGUCGCAGCUGCGGCAGAUACAGAGUGGAAACUGCCCUUAUGCUCCGGCCGAAGAUCGCGAGGAUCCAGAUGCUCCGCCCAUGGAUGGCGUCUAUCUGCUGCGAGCAGACUCUGUGAUUCGUUUCAGGCUAGCCGAAACAGAUUUCGCCAGCAAGAUCCCGGACUGGGGUCAGGUAGUGGAUAGAUCUACCUACGCCUCCAUGAGUUUCGCGAAGGGGCCUGGGCUGGGUGUGCUCAAGGUUAACACACCAUCGUCCUUGUGGGUAUUCGCGUGCGAUCGCGAGGGUGCCCGUCGCCUGGAAGGAGGCGACAGGGUGGUGGCGCACCUCUCUCACCCUGAGGAGUUUCAGGACGUUGCCGUAGAUGACAUGCAAGAUGGCAGGUACAAAGUGACCUUUCUGCCAUUGACGCCAGGGAGCUUCAGUCUCAAGAUCUCUAUCGGGCCGGAAGGGGCCGAGGAGGCUGAAUUGAACCAGAGUCGGAGGGCAAAUCUCAACUUGGUUGGCGAGAAGACCUACCACCUGCAUGCGUUCUUGCUGGCCUCGCUGCUCAGCCUUGCUCCGAUGUCACACUUUGGCAUGGCCUCGCGUGCGGAGUCGGAUGGCAAGGCUGCCAAGGGCAGUGACCUCAGCGAGGUGUUGCCGCAGUCCUGCCAUGGGGCCUUCGAGGAUGCCCUUGACUUCAUGUACUCGGAGAACCAGGCAGCCUUUGAGGCCCCGGCAUCGAAGGCCUUGCUGCUCUUAAAGAUCGCUGACAUCCUUGGAAUCAACAGUCUCUUUGAUGCCAUGGGCAGGCGCAUUGAGGCGGCCUUUGCCGACACUGCGCCUCUUCUGCUGGAGCAGUACUGCCGCUUUCACAUCCCUGGUACUGAUGACGGUGCAGCACUGCGUCAGAUCCGGGAUGGCGCGGUGGACCUCAUUGUUAAAAAGUUUCAACCUUUUGUGACGAACAGCGACAUGAAGACUGCGUUGUUGCGGCUGCCUGCUCGUGUCUUGGCAGAGAUCUUGAACGCUGACGAGCUUCUCGUGGAGAGCGAGGAUGCAGUGUUCGACUUUGUGCUCGAUCGACUUCAGCUCGGCGAGUCAGCUGAGCUUGAAGGAGGCCAUGGUGCUGAGUCCAGCUCCACAGAGCCUGUCGAGACAGGGAAGGCUAGCACUUCCCGCUUGGACUACAUGGAUGAGAGCGAUGAGGAGGCUCUUUGGGACGAAGUGCGCUGGGCCUAUCUCAGCUCGCGGAAGUUUGCCCAGGCCUUGGCGCUGCACAAGACCCUUUUGAAACCCCAGGUCACCCUACGUGCGCUGACUGCCCGGGCUGCUCGUUUCGAUCUUGGAGGCGCAGAAGCCUUCGCAACUUUAGGACACCAAUCAAUAGUGCCGCGGAAGCCAAUCUUGCCACCGGGCGUGCCGCCGCCAAGCUCAACAGAGAUUGACUUCUGCUUCCACUAUGCCCACUCCGAGCAGUAUGCUUGUGGACAGGCUCUACGUUCGCAGCCAAAGCGCAUCGGCGACGUGGUCCUGCGGGUUCUCGUCUUCCCAGCAGGGACUGACACCGGUGUUGCUAGGGGUUCGCUUUCCGUCUUCUUGGAGGCGGUCCCUCAACCACACUGGCCCCGCGAUUGGGAGUUUGCAAACAUCAGGUACGGCAUUGCUUGCAUGAAGUGGCCCUCAGGCGGUGGCGAGACCUGCCCUGCUCCAAAGAAAAAGAGCGACCUGUGGACCUUCAAGGCGAACCGACUUGACAGGGGCUGGCACGAUUUUCUGGCACCGGGAGAGAUCCACAGAUUCCUUGGCCCUGACGGUUUUGUCUGCAUCCGUGGCUCCCUGGAGCAGGAGUGCUUAGGUCGUGCAUUCCUGCUCAACGCGCAGAGCGGACACAGCGGCUAUUCAGGCGCCCCAGGCGAUGCAGCGGGCUCCUCUGCCUGCCGCCGGCCGUGGGUGCCACGCGUCGCAAUGGCAGCGAACGAGCGGUCGGAAUGA